ACUCAGUACGGUGGUACGGCUGCCGUCUAGCUUGCCUUGACAAUGAAAGUGUAUUGAACAAUGUAGACGCGAUCUAUUCGUAUAAAAACCGGAGCACCUCCUGUCAAAAUUAUUCAGUUGCCAACAAUUGCAGAAUAAACAUGUACGCCAAGUUGAUCAUCGCUCUUUGCGCCGUGGGUGUGGCCCGUGCCAGCGGCCUGUAUGAAGCCGCUCCCCUGGCUUACAGCGCGCACGCCAUCGCCGCUCCCGCCGUGGUGACCAAGACCAUCAGCCCCGCCGUCUCCUCCAUCUCGUCCUACUCGACCCAGACCGCGCACGGUGGCCAAUACGCUGCCUACGCCGCCGCCCCCAUCGUAGCCAAGGCCUACGCCGCUCCCGCCGUCGCCGCGUACGCCGCGCCCGUAGCCACCUACGCCGCUGCCCCCGCCGUCGUCACCAAGACCAUCUCCCCCGCUGUGAGCUCCAUCUCCUCCUACUCCACCAGCACCUCUCACGGCUCCCCCGUCGCCACCUACGCCGCCGCCCCCAUCGUGGCUAAGGCCGUCGCUCCCGUCGCCUACGCCGCUCCCGCUGCGUACACCGCGUACGCCGCUCCCGCCGUGGCUGCGUACUCCGCCCCCGCUGUGGUGACCAAGACCAUCUCCCCCGCCGUCUCCUCCGUGUCGUCGUACUCCACCCACACCGCGCACGGCUCCGCGUACGCCCCCGCCGCGUACGCCGCGUACUCCGCUCCCCUGGUGGCUAAGACCUACGCCGCUGCUCCCGUGGCUGCCUACGCCCACGCCGCUCCCGUCCUCAAGACCGUCGCGUACGGUAACCACGGUUGGUAAACUGGAUCACAAUGUGUUCUUGUAAAUAGACAAAUUAUAAAAUAAAACGACUCGCUAUAACUUA